AGAUGUGGGGAACAGUGGGAGUUUAUAUUGCUCUGCUGUCUCACCUCUUUCACUUUCUCUAUUGAACACAGACACACAGAUACGCAGACAUGAAUAGAGUGCUCUGGACCUCUUAACACACUGAGCCCAGGGAACCAGUGCUCCCAAGGUAACAACAAGACCUGAAUGAUGUUCAUUUGGUGGUUCCUGGCACUGCUGCUGGGAUCUGUUGAGAUAUAUAGAGCACAUGAAUGUGAUGUGUUCACUUAUCUGAACCUUCAUCACGCUAUCAUUGGAACCAGUCUGUAUGUGAAGCUGUUACUGUACACCAGAGCUAAUCUCACCUGUGGUCAGGAGCUUUCCCACCAUAACCUGUCAGCCCAGCCCCAGUUCAACCUCACCAAGCCCACCACUUUUAUCGUUCAUGGCUACCAUCCUACGGGCGCUCCGCCCAACUGGAUGAAUAUCAUGAUAGAGCAGCUGCUGGCACGCGGAGACAUGAAUGUCCUGGUGGUGGACUGGAACCGCGGAGCUGCCAAUAUCAACUACCUGAAAGUUGUGGCCUACACACGAGAUACAGCGGACAACCUCGCUGCCUUCAUCCAAAACAUGCAGGAGAAUGGUGCCUCUCUUAGUUCCAUCCAUAUGAUUGGGGUCAGUCUAGGAGCUCACAUCACAGGCUUUGUUGGAGCCAAGUUCAAUGGCAAAAUUGGAAGGAUCACAGCUCUAGAUCCAGCGGGGCCUCAGUUCAAUGGGAAACCCCCAGAGGAUCGUCUGGACCCUACAGAUGCACAGUUUGUGGACGUUGUGCACACAGACAUGGACGCAUUUGGUUUCAGGAAGCCUUUGGGCCACAUUGAUUUCUAUGCUAAUGGUGGAGCCGACCAGCCUGGCUGUCCACUGACCAUCUUCUCAGGGUCUGGCUAUUUUAAGUGUGACCACCAGAGAUCAGUGCUCCUCUAUCUGGGUUCCCUGAACCGGACCUGUAACAUCAGGGCCUUCCCCUGCACCUCCUACACUGACUUCCUGGACGGACUUUGCAUGGACUGUGAUCAAUUCAAACCUGCCGGAUGCCCUGUAUUUGGUUAUGAUAUCAUAGAGUGGAAAAACUCUCUGGUGCCUCUGCGGCAAACCAAGGCUUUCUUCACCACCAAUAAACAGACUCCAUACUGCAAGACAAACUAUUGGGUGGACAUUGUAACAUGGAACCAUGAUACUCUCUGGGGCUACAUCACCAUCAAACUACACAAUGGUAGUGAGGUGACAGAGGCAACAAUAAACCAUAAAGCAUCCAGUUUUAAGAAGUACUCAGAGACCCGAUUACUGGCCCAGUUUGAAAAAGACCUUCAGAAAGUCCACAAGAUCUCAAUCAAAUUCUCCAGGGUGAAUGUAUUUCAACCUAAGUACAAACUACGGGUGCUCCGCAUCCGUCUCACACACCUGGAGCGCGAAGACAGGCCUCUCUGCUGCUAUGACGUUCUCCUGGAGGACAACAGAGAGCUGACCUUCAGAUCCAUCCCCUGUGAGGAGUCCAACUUCUGAGACAAUAACAGACAUACAGUACAAUGUAGAGAGUCAGCAGUGGCCAUAUGAUGGCUCUCUGGGUAAAUGGAGUGAGGCGGUUGACCCAGGUAGCCUACAUACUACUCACCCUCAGGUCCUUGUAUUCAGUGGCGCAAGUCUUGUAAGAGUCCAGAGCAUUGUAAAUACAUGCAAGUGUGAUGAUUUUAAUGAAUGAUCUAUUGUAUUCAUUUAUUAAUUCUUGAAAAGUACUAUGACGAUUGUGUCUCUAUCACUGAGACCACUGUGUGGUAUAAUAUCUGUGGGGAAACCACUACUACAUACACAAUAUUUUAUUAACGUAAAUAGAUUAGAAAGACUUUGGAAUGAGAGCCACCUCAUUAGGUAAUUCCAGUGCCUUUUGUGUCCCUUUGAUACAG